CUAUAAAAACUUGCCAAUCCGGCUACUGACGCUGCAAUUUUUUUUCUCGAUUUGGAGGAUGUGGGUGUCGCUGGCUCGGCCCAGCGUUUAUUACCAUCGAGAAAUCUAAAAAUUAAAAUAUACAGCAGCGGCUGUGCGGAGGGAGAGAGGGCGUUGGGCCUGUGACCUUUGACCCGUGUUUUCAGCGGACGCCGCUCGAGCUGGAGGAGGACGGAGACGGAGACGGAGACUCGAUCUACCAUAAUGGUGUCCUCCAGGAGGCUUGCAGAUGUUGGGUACAGAAUGUUCUCUGGAUCAAUGAUAUUACUGACAAUAUAUGGUGGUUAUCUGUGUAGUGCCCGUGCCUACCGGUACUUCCAGAGACAAAAGGCCUUAAAGGCAGCAGCUGAAGAUCAAGUCAACAGAAUGAUGAAGGACUAACAGCUGUCCCUACCCUGGAAUGUGGAAGCAAUUGUUUUCGUGUGACAAAAAAAUGUUAUUUAAUAUUGUGUAACUACCAGAAUUAAGUUUUUUUCCUGGUAGGUUUAAAGAUGAAGAUUAAUAGUUCAGUUUGAAAAUUUUCCAACGGGUUGUACAGUGUAACUUUACCUAGUCAUUUAAAGUUUGGAGUUUCUGGCUCCUCUAAAUCAGAAAACUGAAUUUCAGCCUUGAUUUUUCACACUUGAAAAGCUGACAUUUCCUGCAAUGGUCAAUUGCUUGAGAGACAGUAUUUUGAUCCGGUAACCUUGGUGAUGAGUUCAGAGCCAGGAUGGUGCAGAACAUGGAGUGACAACCUUACCACAGGCAGGAUUUCUGACAAUGGGUAGCAUCUUGCCUAUGAACCAGAGGCUCUGGGUUCAAGUACUGCUCCAGGACCCAAUGAUGAAGGAAGGUGCGUUGAUAAUUGGGACAAACAUGUGCUUCCUCCAAACCACGACCUGUUACUGUUCUUACACAAACAUAUUGGCAUUGAUGCAUGUAUGAACUACAUCUGCAUCAAGAAGAAGUGUACAUUAGUAAAGUAUUGAUAUUGAAGCAA